CGGGUUGGCAUGCAGCUGUGUUUGACAGGUUACCACCAACCCCAGUUUAGUGCAAUUAAAUGUAAAACAAAAUGCCCAUUUUCGUAAAAGUGCCAAGCGAAGGACUGUCUCCCGAUUGGGCCAUAGUUGAACUACAAGGCGACCUCAAAUCCCACAGCCAAUCCCCGUUCGACGGCCAGUUCAUCGGCGACUUACACUUCACCAAAUCCGGGACACCCGUGCUAAUAAUCGGCCACCACCUCAUGUUCGGCAAAGAAAUGAAAAUGGAAAAACCUCUGGCCCUCUUGGAGAAGAAAACCGACACCGGCGUCGCUUACCACAUCAAAACCAUAAUCACAAAAAAACUCAUUUUCAAAACAAGACCCAAACCCAUCGUCAGUAAUUAACUAAUUUAUUUCCGUAUAUAAAUAAAAAUAAGUUCUAUAAGAA